AUGCUUACCGACUGUUUCAGAUCUGAACCAGAAGUUCAAGCAUCGUACAACGUAUCGAACUGUGUUCCGUUCCAAUUCAGCAACGAUCCAGAAGCCGUGGUAUUCUACUCGUCGCGAUACGAGAACGAUCUCCUCAUGAAGUACUUGGGUGAGUCAGGAUCUGUUGAGAGUGUCGAUGAGAGUAGCGCUGAGUUUACCAACUACGGUUCGUUCGGUGACGAAUUGCCCAGCUAUUGCUACAUCGAUCCCACUCGCUCUCCUGACUGUCUCCGUGAACAAAUCUCUUAUUCUGAUGAAGUGAUGAUGUCUGCUGAUUCACCUGCUUCCUUCGCCUCUGAUUUCAAACCUCUCGAGCGUCCUGUUACGCCUCAGAAAGCUGCUGUUCCAAAGCCUAAUCGUCGUGGUCGUCCGAUGAAAGUUACAAGUACAUCAAAGAUGGCCAAUUAUGCAAGGAAUUAUCGAGAGCAGAAAAAGAAUCAGUUGGCCGCUUGCGAGGCACAGGUCAGAGAGCUGACCGAGGAGAAUAAGUAUCUCCGAGCUGAGAACAAACGUCUCACUGAAGGGUACGCUAGACUCAGUGCGCAGGUAGAUAGCCUUCGUAAAAUGAUUGAAAGUAAUUCGUAUUCGUCACGUGAUCCCUUACAGACUCCAAAUUUUAGUGGACCUGCCUAUGAUAAGGAUUUCAGUAAUGAUUUGUUUGAUAUCACUGAAUUAAUGACGUUUUCACAGUAG